UUUUCAAUAUCACUUUAUUCAAUUAAGUAACUUGUAAGCACGAUUUAAGAUAUAUCUUAAAUAUUUAUUAAAUAUAUUAUCUUAAAUCGUGGUUGUAAGUUUGUUUGACGUUUGUGAAUUGUGAUUUGUGGAUAGUGUAUCCACUAUACUAGUAGAUAAUGGCUAGUGGUCAGUAAGCGGUUUAGCAAUUUCAGUAGCUGCAUUUUAUUGUUCCCGUCAAGGUGUCAACGGCUAAUGGUGAAAGGACGAAAAAUGUGUUUGAAGAAUUUAUACUAAACAUUGGUUAAUUCUUUCUGUUUACAAAUACGUUAACAGUUAAUCCAUUUUGGAUACACGGUUUUCAAUUAUGGAGAGCGAUAAUAUUUCAAAUGACGGAACGAAGAAUUGGAAAGGAAUUGAUAAAGGUUUACUGCCUAGGAGUUUUGGCAAACAAUUGUUCCCAUCACUUAUACCUAGUUUGGAGCAUACACUAUUAUUUAAAAUUCCAAUUGGUACUAACAAUAUUCCAGAAGCACAUCCCAAAGAAUAUUGUGAUACCUGGGAUGACAAACAUGUAAAGAUGCCAUGCUCUAGACAUAAUUUAUUUUUAGUUCAUCACAAUAAUAAAAGUUCUAAAAAAAAUCGUUGGGAUGUUAUCACCUAUAGUUUACUUAAACCAAUAUUGUCAAGUGAAGAAUUAGAAAAAGCUAUUACAUCAUAUAAUCCCAAGUAUAAAGACAAAUGGCGAUUCUAUUUACUACAUUCAUUUUUUGAUGAAUGUUUAAAUGAAGAAGAAACAGAAGAAUUUUUUAAUAAUUUAUUACCAAAAAUUAUUAAUUUGGCAUUGCAAUUGCCUACAUUAGUAACUAAACCAAUACCUUUGUUGAAACAAACUCAUAAUCACUCUAUAUCAUUAAGUCAAAUGCAAAUUGCCUGUCUCUUGGCUAAUGCUUUCUUAUGUACGUUCCCACAUCGAAACGUCAGCAAUUCAAAGUCUGAGUAUUCAGAAUAUCCAUACAUAAAUUUUAACGGAUUUUUCCAAUUAAUGGUAAAUUCUUCGGCUAAUCACUAUUUGUAUGAAAAGUUGAAAUGUAUCAUUUGUUAUUUUAAAAAGGUCACUAGUGCUAAUUCUGUUCUUAAUGGAGUUGUAACCUAUUCUAGAAGAAGAUUACCAUCUGGGGAUUUACCAUAUUGGUUACAAUCAACAAAGAAGUUGACAAAUUUGUAUAUAACAUCUGAUGGGACAAUAGAAGAUAAUGGUGAUGGAAUGCUUCAAGUGGAUUUCGCAAAUAAAUUUAUUGGAGGAGGCGUUCUUGGGCAUGGUAGUGUACAAGAAGAAAUUCGUUUUCUAAUUUGUCCUGAAUUAUUAGUGUCUCAGCUGUUCUCAGAAAAGAUGUUACAUACAGAAGCAAUUAUUAUUACAGGUGUGGAGAGAUUCAGUGAUUACAGUGGAUAUGCAAAUUCUUUUGAAUGGAAAGGUGUUCAUUUAGAUGUUACUCCUGUUGAUGAUAAUAAUCGCCGCUAUACUACUAUUGUUGCGAUUGAUGCACUGUACUACAAUGAUCCUAAAAAUCAAUUUAAAACAAAAAAUUUACGACGAGAGCUGCAUAAAUCAUUUGCUGGAUUUUCAUGGGGACAAGAUUCAGAGUGUUCUGAUGUGGCAAUAGCAACAGGAAAUUGGGGCUGUGGUGCUUUUCGUGGAGAUUGUCAUUUAAAAUCAUUGUUGCAAUUGAUGAGCGCUGCUCAAGCGAAUCGGGAUGUUGCUUACUUUACAUUUGGUGAUACUAAACUGAUGGACUCAAUUCAUAGUAUGCAUAUAUUUUUGAAAAGCAAAAAUAUUACAGUUGGUGAAGUUUCUAGGAUACUUAUUAAAUACUAUGCAUGCUUGGAAACCUUACCAUAUGUUGGAGUACAUGAUUAUAUUUAUGAUGCUAUAACGAACAAAUCUUGGCAGGCAUUUGAAAAUAAAGGAUAUCAAUCUGGAGUAUUCCCACAGUAUUCACAGAAUCAAUUUUUAAGGAAUAAUUAUAAAGCAGUAGAGUCCAACACCACUAAAGUACUCCAAGCUUCUAAAACUUCAAGCACUGAAAAUGAUCAAACUCCAGAACAGUCCCAUCCUUGUUCAAGUUCAACUUCUGCAGAGUCAUCUAAGCCGUAUUCAAGUUCAAAUCUAACAAAGUCAACUCCUGAAGAGUCUCAGGCUUCUUCAAAUUCAAACAUAGUAAAGCUUACUUCUGAUGAAAUUAAGUGUUGUUUAAGUACGACUUUCAUUGAGUCACCUUCUGAAGAGUCUCAACUAUCUUCAAGUUUAAGGAUAAUAGAGUCAACUCCAGAAAAACUUGAAGAUGAAACAGAAUUAAGACAUGUUGAUAGUAUAGCCAUAGAUGCUACAGACCAUAUAAAUAAACAAGAUGUUAGAUUUUUGCCUGUAAACCAGUUUAGAUUAAAUAAUGACAAAGAGCGAACAAUGUGUAUUAAUCAGCAGAAAAACAGUUGGCUACAAUUGAAUGAUUCCAAAAAAGAUUUUCAAUCUGCUAUAGAAAAAUCAUCAGUUACAGGACAAUUGAGUAUUCUUAAAAGAGAUAGAGAAGAAAACGAUGGAGGGAAAAGAGUAGUUAAACGUAAAAUAUCCGACUACUUUUCGCCUAAAAGAUAAUAAUGCUCUAUUUGUAAUAAUUUUGAUUAAAUUUGAUGUAUAUAUUUCAUAAAUUUAGAUUUUAAUUUUCAAUAUAAAAACAUUAAAAUUGA